UCCUGCUGUCCCCUCCACUAACCUCAUCCACACCAGCUGGACUCAGUAAACCGGACCCGAACCGUCCGCUGCGCCGCCUGACGUCGGGUCUAAUUGUUGGGGGGCUGGUGGGGAGCUUCGGAACCAGUCAGCAGACCCACGGGUGGGAUUCGGACACGCACGCUUACUCAGCGCAAUCUCUGCCCUCGUGCCCUGUUUACUUGCCCCCACUUUGAAAAAAAAAAAAAAAUAUAUAUAUAUAUAUAGGCCUAUAUAUGGACGUGCACGUGGGCGCGUGGCCGUGAGGAAGGUGGGACAUCGCCGGGACCUUUUUCUGUUUUCCUGAUUGUAUUGGACCGGAAAAGUGCCGGCAGCAGCGGGGGUUCGGUUCUCCGUUGAAAACCUGAGUUUCUGCGCGGCUGAGGAAACAUCACGCUGCUCUUCUUCCUCUUCUUCUUCUGGCUGCUGAGGAAACAUGAAGCUGCAGGAAGAGAAGCUCUGAGGAUCCGAACAGAUUGUCUGUCAGGCGACCAAACUCCUCUUCGUCAUGCUGCCUCGGCUCUGCAUCCUCCUCCUCUUCCUUCCCCUCAGCCAAUCGGACGACUGCGUAUUUGGUUCUGGCAAUGCGACCGAUGGCCGCCAGACGGUCACCAUUGCAGCCAUCUUGCCAAAGACCAACACAGAGUAUCCCUGGUCGUGGCUCCGGGUGGCGCCGGCCCUCUACCGGGCCAUCUCGCGGGUGAACUGUGACCCCUGGCUGCUCCCGGGCCUGAAGCUGCAUCUGGUCAACGGCAACUCGGAGAACACGGACGGGUACUGCUCCGACUCAAUGGCGCCUCUGGUGGCCGUUGACCUGAAAUUGGCCCACGAUCCUUGGGCUUUCAUCGGGCCUGGAUGUGAAUUCUCUUCCUCGCCGGUCGCUCGCUUCACCACCCACUGGGAUGUUCCCAUGGUGACCGCCGGCGCCCGCGCCACAGGCUUCAAAUUUUACGCGGCGGUCACCAACACGGGCCCGACUCACGCAAAGCUGGGCGAGUUCAGCUUGAAGAUCCAGCAGUCGUUUGAUUGGUUGCGGCACGUUAUGCUGGUCUACACCGACAACAACAAGGACAGCAACUACGACAGGCCGUACUACUUCACCGUGGAGGGCGUGUACGAAAUGCUGAGGGUCCAGAACAUCACGGCCUACGACUACUCGCUGGAGACCGACAUCAACUACAAGCUGGCGGUGCAAAAGAUCAGAGACAACGGAAGAGUGGUGUACGUCUGCUGUCCGCGGGACAUCUUCCGGAACCUGAUGGUCCAGUUCUGGAAGGACCGGGUGGACAUGGACGACUUCGUCUUCCUCUUCAUCGACCUUUUUGCUGAGGGUCUGAGUGGCGGACGAAACGACGUGCAGAGGCCCUGGUACCGAGGAGACCAGGACGACCACGCAGCCAAAAUGGCCUUCAGGAGUGUGAAGGUGCUGACCUACAUGGAGCCUCAGAACCAAGAAUAUUUCAAGUUUGUUGAGGAUCUGAAAAGAGACGCAAAAGAAAGUUUCAACUUCACCAUCGAAGACUCUCUGUUCAACCUGAUAGCGGCAGAUUUCUACGACGGCGUGAUGCUGUACGCUCAGGCUCUGAACGAGACUCUGAGCCAGCAGGCGUCGGGACCGGGACCCGUCCAGAGACCCAAAGGAGAUCUGGUGACACGCAGGAUGUGGAACAGGAGCUUCUCAGGCGUGUCGGGAGAGGUGAAGAUGGACGAGGUUGGAGACAGAGAGACGGACUUUGCCGUGUGGGACAUGACAGAUCCAGAGUCUGGAGAGUUUCAGGUAGUGUCUGUGUAUAAUGGCAGCAGCAAGUCUCUGGACGUGAAGGAUAUUCAGUGGCCUGGAGGGAAGAUACCCGUAGACAUGCCAGAGUGCGGCUUCAGGAACGACCACCCGACCUGCCUCGCACGUACUGUUACAAUGCAUCAGAUGGUUGCCAUAGUGAUCUGCUUCGUCUUCAUCAUCAUCGUCACCAUCACCGUCUUCAUCUACAGGAAGCUGAAGCUGGAGAACGAGCUGGUGGCCCAGCUGUGGAGGGUUUCCUGGGACGACAUCCAGAUGAGCAACCUGGAGAAAUCCCUGAGGAGAACCUGCAGCCGCCUCACCAUGUCUCUGAAAGGAUCAAACUUAGGUUCUCUGAUGACCAUGGAGGGAAACUUUCAGAUCUACACUAAAACUGGAUACUACAAGGGAAAUCUGACUGCCAUCAAAUAUAUCAACAAGAAGCGGAUCGAGCUGACGAGGAAGGUUCUGUUCGAGCUCAAGCACAUGCGAGACGUUCAUAACGAACAUCUGACUCGUUUUAUUGGAGCCUGCCUCGACCCGCCGAACAUGUGCAUCAUCACAGAGUACUGCCCCAGAGGCAGCCUGCAGGACCUGAUGGAGAGCGAUGGCAUCACUCUGGACUGGAUGUUCAGAUACUCACUCAUCACCGAUAUCGUCAAGGGAAUGGCCUUCCUCCACAACAGCGUCAUCAUCUCCCACGGCAACCUGAAGUCCUCCAACUGUGUGGUGGACAGUCGGUUUGUGCUGAAGAUCACAGACUACGGGCUGCAGAGUCUGCGGACCAGCAGCUUCCCUGAAGACACACACGCUUUCUACGCGCGAAAGCUGUGGACUGCUCCCGAGCUGCUGAGGAAGGAGAGUCCGCCCUGCGGCACCCAGCGGGGCGACGUCUACAGCUUCGGCGUGAUCCUGCAGGAAGUCGCUCUGCUGAAGGGUGUUUUCUACCUCGACUCGCACUCCCUCUCCCCCAAAGAGAUCAUCCAGGCGGUGAUGCGGGGCGGCGUCCCUCCGCUCCGCCCCUCGCUCUGCUUCCACAGCCACAGCGAGGAGCUGGGGGUCCUCAUGCAGCGCUGCUGGAGCGAGGAGCCCAACGAGAGGCCCGACUUUAAUACCAUCAAGAUCCUCCUGAGGAAGCAGCACAGAGGUUACGGUUCCAACAUCCUGGACAACCUUCUGUCUCGCAUGGAGCAAUACGCCAACAACCUGGAGGAGCUGGUGGAGGAGCGAACUCAAGCUUAUAACGAGGAGAAACGCAAAGCCGAGGCUCUGCUCUACCAGAUACUACCACACUCGGUAGCCGACCAGCUGAAACGAGGCGAGUCGGUUCAGGCCGAAGCCUUCGACUCCGUCACCAUCUAUUUCAGCGACAUCGUUGGCUUCACCGCUCUGUCUGCAGAGAGCACGCCGCUGCAGGUUGUGACCCUGCUAAAUGAUCUCUACACGUGUUUUGAUGCCAUCAUAGACAACUUUGAUGUUUACAAGGUGGAGACGAUUGGGGACGCCUACAUGGUGGUGUCGGGUCUGCCGGUCAGGAACGGUAAGCGACAUGGUCGGGAAGUCGCCCGGAUGUCUCUGGCUCUGUUGGACGCAGUCAAGAGCUUCAAAAUUCGACACCGACCCGAUCAGCAGCUGCGGCUUCGAAUUGGCAUCCACAGCGGCACUGUGUGUGCAGGUGUGGUUGGGUUAAAAAUGCCCAGGUACUGUUUGUUUGGAGACACGGUGAACACGGCGUCACGCAUGGAGUCGACAGGAGAGGCCCUGAAGAUUCAUGUGUCGGAGGCGACUCGUCAGGUCCUGCAGGAGUUCGGCUCCUUCCAGCUUCAGCUCAGAGGGGAGAUCGAAGUGAAGGGCAAAGGUCGCAUGAGGACGUACUGGCUGCUGGGAGAAAAUGAGAAGAACUGAGAGUCAACCAGCUGGACGGCGUUUUGGACUGACUGAUCCAAACUGGUUGCUCCAGGGAUAAACUGUAGAAAAGAGUAAAACAGACAAGAUGAAUGUGUCACUUGUAAGAUAAAACAUCAAAACUUGUGUAAAUACAUAAUAAAAUGGGUAUUGUUA